AUGCGUCUGAAGACCUCACCUCUUUCAUGCGCUUUUGCAUGGGCUCCGAGCAGCCUUGGUACUCCUACAUACAUUGCAGCUGCAUCACUAGCAGGGGCGAUGGACGAUGACUUCAGCAAUGAAGCUUUUUUGGAAAUUCGCCUUGUCGACGUGACACAAACGGAUGAAACCGAUAUGCCUGUUGUAGGCCGUACAUUUAUUCCUGAACGAGCGUUUCGUGUAGAUUGGUGUUCAUUUGGUGGUUCAUGUGGAUUGAUAGCGGUGGGAUGCAGCAAUGGUGCAGUGUAUAUAUAUGAUGCCGGCAUCAUUAUGAGUAAUUAUCAAAAAAAUCAGAACUACAACACAGAGGAUCCUCUUCUUUGCUCCAUAGUUGAGCACCGUGGUGCAAUCCAUGGCUGUCAGUUUAAUCCCUCACAGCCAAGUUUUCUUGCAAUUGGAGCCGAUGAUGGGGAGUGGGAUGUCUGGACGCUUGAAGAUCCAAGAGAUCCACAGCGGGUUCCUGUUAUGUCAAAUGCUGCACAUACUGCGGCUAUUGUUCACUUACAAUGGCAUCCAAAAUAUCCGCAUAUUAUUGCAACUGCUUCUGCUAAUAGCAUUGUUAAUGUAUGGAAUCUGAAGUCACAGUCUUUGGCAGUUUCUCUAAAUGUCUCAAAAGGAGGAAAGUCAGGAGUAAGUGCUAAUGCAAUCGCUUGGCACCCUGUGGUUGCGACACAAAUUGCGGUUGCAUUGGAUGAAAAAGAUCCCGUAAUUCAAAUAUGGGAUCUGAAAAAGUCUAUGGUACCAUUGCGGGAAAUGCGAGGUCACGAAAGUGCUGUAACAGGUCUUUCGUGGAACCAAGAAGAUGCAUCAAUGAUUGCAUCAUGUGGGGCAGAUGGUAAAACAAUUUGGUGGGAUCCAGCAACAGGAGAGCAAGGUGGUACAUUACAACAAGAAAGUGGAUACAUUAUUGACGCUCAAUGGUCACCAGUUUUACCAGCAGUAUUGGCGACUUCUUCUUUUGAGCCACUUUUGUGCGUAUCGACAGCUGAAGAUGCUUCUACUACUACUGCUGCUGGAGCACCAGUACCGAAGUGGUUGAGGAAACCAUGUGGAGCUUCUAUCAGUGUGGGUGGGUUUGUUGCUUCUCUCGUUCCCCAUUCAACAACUAUGGUUGGACUUACACAUAUUCUAGAGAGGAGCACUAUGAGUCCAACAACUUCACAGGAUCUUACAUUUCGUACGGCGUUGCAUCGAUUUCCUCGUGGUUCAGAUGAACGAGUUAGGUGGUUAGAGGAAGAGAACUAUCACCUCUUUGCAGCAGCAGCAUCUUGUAAAGAUGAUCGUACACCUAUCCUUGCAUACCUUAAUGAGGAGGCAACACCUAACGAAGAGGGUGAAGAUCCAUUCGAAACUAUGCAAGCUUCUAAAAAACGGAUUGAAGAUGUUGCAGCUGCUCAUAUUGCAGCAGGUCGUAUCCGUGAAGCAGUUGAAGUUUGCCUGGAUGAUGGUCGUUUUGAUGAUGCCUUCGCUAUUGCAUACUUACAAGGAGGUGAUUUGUUGCGGCGGGUACAGCAAGAAUAUGCCCAUUAUACCAUAAAAAAUAAUCCAGAAAAAAGGCAUGUUGUAUACGCAGCUGCAAUUGCCUCUGGAGAUUUUGCUUCUCUAACUGCAGGUGGAGGCGUCCCAUGGAAAGAAGCACUUUCAGUGAUAAUAUCUUUUGUAGGUGAAGGUUUUUCAGAAGCCUGUGACAAGUUGGGAGAAGCACUUAAGAAAGAGGGAAAUAGAGAAGGUGCCUUUACAUGUUUUGUAUGUAGUGGUAAUUUGGAUGCAGUUUUGGAAAUCUGGCGUGAAGAGAAUGUACCUGUACGAAAAAUGAUGCGUGAAGCACUUCUUCUUGAAGAGGUCACUGGUCGCCGGGUGACAUCAACUUAUUUUGCUGAUUGCUUGCAUGAGUAUGGUAUGAGAUUAGUAGGUGAUGGGUUAAUUACUGAGGCCAUGCCUAUUCUUCAACGCUCUGCUAGUAUUGGUAAUCGUGGUGCUGCUAUCAUGGUGGAUCGCUUGAAGUUUGAGACCCAUGUUGGUCAAGUCGUUUUCCCGUUCUCUGUGGUUCCAUUGUCAGACUCUCCGAGUCCAUCGUGCAUUGCCUUUUUGACGGAGAAACAACAACAACAACAACAACAGCAGCACCAGCAACAACAUCAGCAACAACAACAUCAACAACCAGGUCAAAUGUCAAUGGGUAUGCAGCAACCUCAACGUCAACCGAUGCAUUUACAACAACCGCAACAACCACAACCACAACUGCAACAAAAACAACCAUCGCUUCAUAGACCGUUGCCCAUGCAGCAACAACAACAACAACAACAACAACAACAACAGCAACAACCACUACCACCACCGCCACAACAACGACAACAACAACAACAACAACAACAACAACAACUCUUGCCGCCUCAGAACAUGUAUACACAACAACAACAACAACAGCAACAACCACCACCACAACCACCUAUGAUGCAUGGUGUGGUACCAGGUUCUUCCGUACCUGCAAUGCCUACAACUACGGCUUCUGCUACUGCAGCAGCUGCUGCUCCUCCUCCUAGACUUAUGCCUCACCCUAUUUCUUCCUAUUCAUCACUGAGACCAGGAACUUCUGUCUCUUCUGGACCCCCACCACCUCUGGCACCUGGUAAUUACAACAAUGGCGUACAGUCUGUGCCACCACAUCAACCACCGCAGAUGACACCUCCUGGCGUUUAUUCUGCACCGCAACAAGGUUACGUAGAUCCAAACAAACCACCACCACCGUUACCUGGGGCAUCACGAAGUUCAUCUAUGCCAGCUUCGCAGACACAACCACCUGGUCCACCACAACCUCCAAGAAUGCAACAACCUGGUGCUUAUCAAGGGAAUAGUGGUAUGUCAAUGCCACCGCCUCCACCACCUGGUACAUCUGUGGCACCUCCUCAACAAGCAGGAGGCUACAAUACAAAUCCCCAACUUUCUUCAAGGGGGUCUUCAAUGCCUGGGGUAAAUUCCACAGCAUAUGAUAACAAUGCGGCAUUCCCCAAUGCUCAACCUCCAGUGGGUGCACCCUCACUUUACAAUAAUCUUUCAAGGUCGGGAUCAACAGGAACAAUGCCAACACCGGGAACAGCACCACCUCCGCCUCAAGCCGUACAAGGAGUACUACCACCGCCACCACCGACAAUGACUACAGGAACGGCAGCUCCAUCAGUACUUCCAGGAGUAGGAGUAACACCAGGAGCGCCACCCCGAUCGACGAUGCCGGUUUACAAUAAUCCCUCAGGUAUUUCCACUCCCAAAGAUGAAAUGACAGGUGACUCAGCAAGUAACUAUCGUGGUAUGGGAAAUGCGCCGUUUCAAGCGCAAUCAUUGUCAUCGUCUCAAAACAGGUUUCCGCAUCAAAAUAUGGUACAACAGCCUACAGCAACCACCCCUUCACUUCCUGUAUAUCGAGCACCUUCAAAUGAACAACGAGCUGGUCCACCAUCAACAGCAUAUGGUAGUAGCGCUUUUCCCUCUACGAUGCCUCCUCAAGUUUCUUCUGCUGCUGCCCCUCCAGCACCAACUGGAGGAUUAGAUGAUGGGGGGUUGUCACUUUUUGACAUCAACUCUUUGAUACCUGCACACCAGACACUAGCCCGGAAACUUUGUGCGGAUAUUCAAAAGAUCAGCAAUGCCCAACGACGAUCUGCCGUUUCAAAGGCGGCAUUAGAGCUUUUUAAACUGUUGCAGAGAGGGGCUUUCUCACCGGAGGUUGUUGGUUUGCUUACCAACUAUGUAAACACAGCAGGAACUCCAGCCUCAAAAAGUGCGUGGCGACAGCUUUCUGAUAUGCAUUUUGAUGCAAUUCAACCAAUUUUAAAUCUCAAGUUUCUGUGA